AAUGAUGCUGCCAGUUUUGGAGUGUUGUUGGCUGCAUGUGGAGGCGUCUUAAGUCACACCUAUCAUCUAGGAGCAUGUCCAAUAGUGGAGCCGAUGCCUGGAUUUGAGAUGAAUAAGAUGCUUGGCGUCUGGUAUGUUAUACAAAAGACAUCGACAGCGUCGCGUUGCAUUACAUAUAACUUCACGAAGUCCGAAGAGCCCGGUAAAUACAAUUUGGAGCAAGUUUCUCAACACUUCAUACUGGGACUGACGCCUUUGAAACAUGACUACAGGAUUGAAAGAGGCGUGGCCGCGAGCUACACGAUCCUGGGGACCGACUACUCCUCCACCUACGCCGCCAUAUUCACGUGCCAGAAACUCGCGUUCGCCCACAGGAGGUCCGCCACCAUUCUCUCCAGAACCAAGGAGCUUGACAGGAUGUUCGUUGAUAAGAUGCGAACGAAGCUGUCCUCAUUCGGCGUUGAUCCUUACGACCUGUCUAUUAUCUCCCAAAACAACUGUCCCAAACAUCCCGACGGCGCCACCGAGGGAGUGAACAUCAAUAUCAACCCUGAUACAUUCUCCUCGCACAACAUCGGCGAGGCGGUCAGGAAGACUGGUGGAGUUAUUGCCGAUGGUGUAGAAUACGUAGUAGAUGCCGGUAAGAAGGUGUACCACAAAGUAGCCAGCAGCAAGGAGGAUCUCACCGAGCCGCCAACAAGCCACAAUGGUUAUGAAGUACGACCUCUUGAAGCCGACGCGGAAUGGCUUCCUUGAACAGCUUUAAUAUAAAACUAUAAUACUCAUUCAAUCGACAUAGAGAAUGAAAUCUGUUAAGUGUAUUCAGUGUGAAAGAGAUAGAGUGAAUGUGCGGCUAACACUUGUUCAAAAAGUGUAAUUUAAAACGAAGUUCCGUCAAAUAGAUGUCUUUUUUAUUCAUUGAUCAUAGAAAAGAGAAAUAAAUAUGUCAUUUUAUAGCUGAGUUUUAUAGAAUGGGCAAAUUUGCGUUUUUCAGUUCAUUCUCUAUGUCAUGAUUUUUAGUAACCAAAGAGUAUGAUUACUCAAUAAAUAAGUUAUAUUUUUA